AACAAAAAAAGUUAUGGGUCUGGAUGGGAUACCCCGCACUUGUCCUCUAUCACGUCCAACUAAGGUUACCCUGGGACCCCUACUCGCCGAACAUACCUUUCUCUUAACCAGUAGCCCAGUAAAUCUCCUCGGAAGAGACUUACUCUGUAAAUUGAACGCAACAAUUAAAUGUUCUCAGGAAGGCAUCUAUCUAUACAUGCCGGAAAAUUCCAUCCCCGCAUUCCAAGGAAUGAUGGAGGAAGUAAAGACAGAUAGACAGUUCCCCGAACUCCCUCCCGAGCUAGAGAACGAUCUACCCCCUUCUCUAUGGGGCACCGAGUCAACCUCAGUGGGUCUCCUCCUAUCGGCUACCCCAGUAAAAAUCACCUAUAGGACUGACCUACCCUUUCCGUGUACUAAGCAAUACCCCUUACCCAAGGAAGCCAUUGAGGGAUUAACCCCGAUGAUAGAAGACUUUCUCAAAAAGGGGAUCUUGGUUCCUUGUGCAUCCCCAUGCAAUACACCAGUACUACCAGUAAAGAAACCGUCCGCUGAGGGAGCCCCAGUCCGCUACCGCUUCGUUCAGGACUUGAGACUAGUAAAUCAAUUUGUCAUACCCCGUCACCCAGUAGUGGGCAACCCGAACUCCCUCCUAAAUGCCAUACCUGCAGGAACCCAGUGGUAUACCGCUGCAGAUCUGUGCUCCGCUUUCUUUAGUAUACCAUUAGACCCAGCUAGCCAAUUCCUCUUCGCCUUCACAUGGGGACCCAGUCAAUUAACCUGGACAAGGUUGCCCCAGGGGUACGUGGAGUCACCUGCAAUCUUUUCGGCAAUCCUACACCAAGAUUUGCAAGAUAUACACCUCCCAGCUGGUUCUGCCCUCCUUCUUUACGUAGAUGACCUGCUCCUUUGUUCUACUAGCGAGGAAGCGUGUAAAACAGACACCAAACAUCUCCUUGCCGAACUAGCCAGAAAGGGGCACAAGGUGUCACCAAAAAAGCUGCAAUACUGCAAGCAGGAAGUAAAGUACCUCGGGCACAUCCUUGGAGUGGGCACCCGAAGCUUAGCAACAGAUAGGAUAGAAGCCGUCACUAAAAUUCCCCUUCCCAAAACCAAACGACAACUACGAGGAUUUUUAGGAAUGGCAGGCUUCUGCAGAGCCUGGAUCGCGGGCUACAGCGAAAUAACGAAACCGCUGUCCGCCAUGACCCGCCAAGAUCACCCUGACACCCUAAUUUGGGAAGAAGAAGCAUACAAAUCUUUUGAACGGUUGAAGCGGGAACUGAGGUCGGCCCCUGCACUAGGCUUACCCGACUACCGAAUCCCCUUCAACUUGUUCAUCCAUGAACAAAUGGGGGUAGCCUCAGGGGUACUGACUCAACCUUUCCGAGAUAAAGAGAGACCCGUGGCAUACUAUAGCCUACAAUUGGACAAUACUGCAAAGGGGGCAGUGGGCUGCCUGCGGGCUAUAGCCGCUGCAGCGACCCUCCUCGAAAAGGCUCAAGAGACGGUCUUGGGGCAUGAAAUCAUUGUUCAUGUUCCCCACUCUGUCUCCACCCUCCUAACUCUGCGAGGCUGUCAUCAUUUUUCUAACUCCCGACUAAACAAGUAUGAGGCCCUUCUCCUAACCCCAUCAAAUGUCACCAUAAAAAGAGUCAACUCCCUUAACCCAGCUACCCUUCUACCUCUCCCCGAUGAUGGGACCCCACACCAUGACUGUGCCACAAUAGUCCGUCAAGCCGAGAAACCCAGGGAAGACCUAGAUCACAUACCCUUGGAAAACCCAGACCUUGUACUCUACACAGACGGCAGCUCCAGGGUUAUAGAAGGGGAGAGGAAAACAGGAUAUGCCGUGGCUACCGACUUUGAAGUCUUAGAAUCCAACCCGAUCAACCCACAAUAUAGCGCCCAAGCGGCAGAAUUAAUAGCACUCAUACGCGCCUGUGAACUCAGUGAAGGCAAGCGGGCUACCAUCUACACGGAUAGCAAAUACUGUUUCGGGUUAGUGCACACCACUGGUCAGAUUUGGCUACAAAGGGGUUUCUUAACAGCGGCAGGCUCCAAAAUUUCGCACGCCGCCCUAGUGGAGAGACUACUGACCGCUAUCCACAUGCCCACUGCGAUCGCGGUUGUUCACUGUAAAGCACAUACCCGGGGCAUAGACCCUGUCUCAAGAGGCAACAGACGGGCCGAUAACGCGGCUCAGGCUGCCGCCCUCCGCCCCCCCAACCAAGAAUCUGAGUUUCAAGCCCUACAAGUCCCACUUAACAUAGAUCCCACACAGAUUUACAAGGAAGCCCCCGAAGAAGAAAAGACUCUCUGGCGUUCUGUAGGUGCAGUCGAACAAAAUGACGUUUGGGUCCUCCCCGAUGGUAGACUCGUCCUCCCGAAAACAUGGGUUUCAAAAUUGGUGAGGGUUCUCCACCAACAAACGCAUUGGGGAAAAGGGAGACUGAUAGAACAUGUGAAGAGAUCUUGGUACGCACCAGGCUUGGCAAUCGCGGCCACAACAGCAUCAAAAAACUGUAUAACCUGCAGCUCCUAUAAUCCCAAACGACAACCCAGAGCACCCCCAGGGGCCAGACUAUGGGCAUUCGUCCCCUUCGAAAGCCUACAGCUGGACUUUAUUGAUCUGCCGCCCUGCCAAGGUUUCAAACACGCCCUCAUCAUAAUAGAUAAACUCUCCUCCUGGGUAGAAGGAUUUCCCUGUAGGAAACCAACCGCUUCGGUAGUAGCCAGAGCACUCCUACAAGACAUCAUUCCCCGGUUUGGGGUUCCCCGCCGCCUAGACAGUGACAGAGGAACCCAUUUCACGGCUCAAAUAGUACAACUAGUCGCAAAGGCACUACAAAUAAAAUGGGAUCUUCAUACACCCUAUCACCCACAGUCGUCUGGCCAAGUAGAGCGCAUGAACCAGGAAAUUAAAAUCCAACUUGGAAAACUUUACAGACUGGCUGGACUAAAGUGGGUAAAUGCACUCCCAUUGGUUCUCCACAAUAUACGAAGUGCCCCUACAGGGCCCUUAAAACUGUCUCCGUACGAACUCCUAUUUGGGAGGCCCCCUCCCGUCUACAAUACUCUAUUUCCCCUUUCGGAGCUCGAACUGGGGGAAGCAGAACUUACUAACUAUGUCGUUCAGCUCCAGACGCAGCUACAGCGCCUCCACCAGUACGCGGCCAUCGAAGGACAGAACCUGCCCAUUGACGUGCAAGCCCACUCCUUCGAUCCCGGCGACUGGAUCCUCACCAAGGUCUAUCAAAAGGAACCUCUUCAACCCGCCUGGGAGGGCCCCUACCAAAUCCUCCUAACAUCACCGACCGCCGUAAAGGUAGGGGAGAAGAAUUCGUGGAUCCACCACACGAGGUGUAAGUCCGUGCCACCCCCUCAAGAGACGGAAGAAAACCCCGGCGAGGACUUCACCUUUUCGACCCCUCCCACACCUCCAACCUCGUACAUCGACGACGACGAGGAACAGACCGGACCAGUGGAUCGGAGCCAAGGUCGGGCUCAAGAGACCGGACCAGUGGAUCGGAGCCAAGGUCGGGCUCAACAGACCGGACCAGUAGAUCGGGGCCAAGGUCAGGCUCAACAGACCGGGGCCAAGGUCGGGCUCAACAGACCGGACCAGUAG